AUGUUUUUACUUCUUUCUUUUUACUCACCAGGAACGCGAGAAGCGGCCUUUGUUCACGCGAUUUCAGCGGCUGCCGUGGCGCAUGCCGUGACCCGAGCCUGUAGUAGCGGCAAAAUGGAACGGUGUGGCUGCGAUCGGACUGUUCACAAAAACGUCACCGUACAGAAUAGCUUCAUCUGGUCAGGUUGCUCAGACAAUGUUGCCUAUGGUGCAGCAUUUUCACAAAGAUUUGUGGACGCUCGCGAAAGGCGACGGAAAAUUAAUGGACGUGUACUCAUGAAUCUACACAAUAAUCAAGCAGGACGAAAUCUCUUCUUUCUUUCUUUCUUUCUUUCGUUGCUACUAGCUCUUCCUUCUUUCUUUUUUCUUUCUUUCUUUGCUACUAGUUGUUCUUUCUUUCUUUCUUUCUUUGCUACUAGCUCUUCUUUUUUCUUUCUUUCUUUCUUUCUUUCUUUCUUUAAUAGUCUUUCUUUUCUACUGCACCUUCUCUCUCUCUCUCACUCACUCAUUUACUUCGUCCGUGUGUAUGUACAUUUGCCUCCUUUGAAACAACGAAAAGGACCUUUCUAUCUAUCUAUCUAUCUAUCUAUCUAUCUAUCUGUCUGUCUGUCUGUCUGUCUGUCUAUGUAUGUAUGUAUCUAA